AUGUACUAUGGACAACCAUUUCAAUAUGGAAUCAACCCUCAGUCACCGGGUGUAUUCCCGGCGUCAACACCACAGAGUAACGCCCCACCCCCAUGGGCUCUAGAAAUUAUGUCGGACAUUAAAUCAAUUAAAACAGUUAUACCUAAAAUUGACCAAAUUGAACAGGCCCUAGGAAGUAUCAAAUUAAAGUUGUCGGCUUUUGAUGAGAGAAUGAGUUCGGUGGAAAGGAAAGUCAACGACAUUGAAAAGGCAUGCAGCUUCGUAAGUGAAGAAAAUGACUCACGAAAAACAGAGGUAAACUCAAUUCAAAAACAAGUGAAACAAAUAGACAAAUUUUGUAAAAAUGCCGAUUCUGCGAUACAUUCAUUUCAACAGGAAGCAGAAAGGGCCAAAGAGGAACUCUUAGACAUGAAAGCGCGGUCGAUGCGAGACAACCUUUUAUUUUACGGGGUAUCUGAAUGUGCCCCUGAAAAUAAUGAGAACUGUGAGGAGCUCAUCAAGGACCUAAUAAAGUUGAAAUUACAGCUUGAAACAGAGGGUAUGAUUUUCGACCGUGCGCAUCGACUCGGGGCGAAGGCGGCUGAUAAGACUCGUCCCAUUGUGGUUAAAUUCCACAACUACAAAUCAAGAGAGGCCGUUAGGUUAAAAUCCCUCGAAAAGACCAUCAAAGAUGCCCUGAAGAGCUCCGGCCAUGGCAUCGGAGUACAAUCCCCACAGGAGUACCGUGACGCUCGGAAGGCAUUCUACCCCAUCGUGAAGGACGCCGAAGAACAUGGAAACACCGCCCGUAUCACCGGAAAUAAACUCUAUAUAAAUAGAAAAUGA